AUGAGCUCAGUCAAGUUCAAACUCAAACAGCACAGCCGAGCGCUACUAUUCACCCAACCAGUAAUAGACCUCGCUCAAACCCAACAAUCCAUCAAAUCGCUUCCCAACUUCAAAUCAAAACUUCGAGCAUAUUACAAACGAUUCUAUAAACUCCGCAAGUUUGAGAUCCCACGGCAUUUGCGCCUGACUUCAGACAUACCAAACCAGGAAACAGACCUCGACUCCUAUGCCUACGUUGCAUUUGUACGCCGCCAAUUCCAGCACCAUUCCUACAACACCAAACGCCAGAAAUUCCUCAACCUCGAGCCGCUCGACGACUCCCAGCUUGAAGAACGAAUGGCCAACACACUAGCAUUUGUAUUCAACCACAGCGUGGGGUCCACUAGUGACUUUUCCGAUGAGCUAGUGGUGACAGUUGAAGACGAGAUCAAGUCGCGUGUCGAUACCGUGGAAACAGGGAUCCUAGCGACGUUGAUGCGGAUGGAUUACGAUGCGCCGGCGGAGAUCAAGUAUGACUUCCAAUUCAGAUGGGUGGAUGAGUACAGGAAGAAGAUGUCGCCACAGGGCACGGGUCUACAGAUUCAGAAUCGGAUACAGAUCAAGACUAAAAAUGAGGGAGUGCUUGACGACUAUACUUUGAUAAAGUAUUUCAUGCAUGGGGAGACGGUUAUGCGGUUGAAUGAGAGUAUGAAGCUCUGCUUGUGGUGA